UGAGCUCUGUUGAGCUGCAGUCAUUCAUCAAUGAAGUGCUAAUAGAGUUUAGCUGAAAAAUUUGCAGACACGAAUAGUGUGAGAUAAAAUAAAAUGAAAAAUAAAUUCAGAGAGGGAAAUAAAGUGAGUACUCGUGCAGAUAAAAUAUGAGGAACCUCUAGUCUAUUAUCAAACACUACUGAAUCACUACAUCGUAUGUAGACAUCACGCACUCAGUGUCAUGUUAAUACGAUUAAUCUUAAUUAAUAUGAAUUAAAUUAUGAAUAAACUGGUUAAUUAACUUAAUAUUCAUAUAAAGUUGACAUUAAAUAUAAGUAAGUGCGCGUGUACUCAAUAUUCGAUAUAUUUGUUUUAUGAAGAUAACGAGUGCAAGUGUACCGAUAAAAUAUAUCAGUAUAUUUAUUUGAUUUUGAACUAUGGAUUCUUAUCGAUCAGAAUAUUAUUAUUAUUAAUGAGUUAUAUUUAUAUAUAUAAAUAUAUAUUGAUAAAAAAAUAAUUAAAUAGUUAUAUAAAAUUUCGAUUGAUUAGUAAUUUAUUUAUUUGAAAUUUGAAUUGGAAAAAUUCAGAGAAUUAUUUUUGAAAAAAUAUAUAUAUGUAUAUUUGUAUAGAUGUAUAUUGACGAGGGAUUUAGAGAUUAGAGUAGAUUAAGAUAAAGAUCUAGAGGGCAAGGUGCAGGGUGAGGUCAGUGAAAAUUGUGUCCUCAUUUUGCGAUAAUGACGGAUUGUUGGCAUUAUGAUUGAUGGAGCUGACCAAGACUGUGUUAUUUAAUUCUGUCUACUCCUGACUCGUGGUGAACAAAGUGCAUGAUCUAUUUAUUGUAGACUUGAUUUAGUUAAUACGAUAUAUAUAUUUAUAUAAAAAAAAAAGUGUUAAAAUGAAAGAAGUGAAAAAUGAUCGAGAUUCAAAAAUGAGAACUGAUAAAAAAUUUUUUGUCAAUGGAGAUAAAAAACAUAAAUAUUCCGAAAUGGCCACGGAAGAAAUUUUCAGUUCUCAAGAGAGACAAAGAUAUGAAAAAGUCAGUAAUUUAACAGAACUCAAUAAUAAAAUGUCGAAAUUUAAUGAGAAUAUUGAAAAUAUUUCAAAACAUCAUUUGCAAAAUGAUAAAUAUAAUUUAUACACUAAUGAUAAGAAGUCUGUAAAACGUGGCGUACUACGUAAAAAAAUUUUUGAAACACGUAAUUCAUUAUUUACUGACCUAUUUAAUGAAGUAAAACAUGUAAAAGCAGUUUACAAUAUUUUUGCAGCACUAUUUAUAAUUACAUUUUUAAAUACUGCUGCUCAUGACAUUCUUUACAAUGGAUCUCUCAGUCUUGGUUUCACGACAAUUAAAUUAGGAUUUGGUAAACUAACAUUUGUUAUACAAAUGUGGUUAGCAAUGAUCGCAUCAUCAUACAGCGUGUAUUAUGUAUACAGUUUCUAUGCUCAUCAACGAACUAAAUUAUCACAAAAAUCAUUUAAAUUAAAAAUUUGGGAUUACACGUGGCUUCUUCUAUUCAUUGCUUAUCAAUUAACGUUCUUAGCUGUACCAGCAUACGUAACCUUAAAAGCCGAACUACCACCGCCUUCUGGCUUUAUUGUUUUAAUGGAACAGGUGCGUUUAAUAAUGAAAAUUCAUGCAUUUAUUCGCAGUACUGUACCCUCUGUAAUUAAUAAUGAAUUACAUAGUAACAGUACAGGAAUUUUAAUUCCGAAAUUAUCGAAAUUUUCGUACUUUAUGUUUGCGCCAACAUUAAUUUAUCAAGAUAAUUAUCCAAGGACUGAAAAAAUUAGAUGGCGGAUUGUUGCUAAAUAUCUAUUGGAACUAGCAUUCGUAAUUGUGUUCGUUGCUAUGAUAUUUGAACGUGUCGUCCUUCCGGCGUAUAAAGAAUUUGGUCAUGAAGAAUUUAAUUUACCCGGAUUUAUAUCACGUACAUUAAGCACAACAUUCCCAGGGAUUGUAAUAUUCCUUUGUGGAUUUUAUUGUUUACUUCACGUCUGGAUGAAUGCAUUCGCAGAAUUAAUGCGCUUUGGCGACAGGUUAUUCUACAAAGAUUGGUGGAAUUCCGUAUCAUUCGACAAUUAUUACCGUACUUGGAAUGUUGUAGUACACGACUGGCUCUACACAUACAUAUAUAAAGAUUUUUACGAACUAAUUGUGCCGGGUAAUAAAUUUGUCGCAACGUUUUUUGUAUUUUUCACAUCCGCGGUUGUCCAUGAGUAUUUAUUGGCAUGCGCAUUUAGAUUCUUUUACCCAAUGAUGUUUAUAUUUUUCGGUGUUUUUGGAUUUCUUCUUGUAUUUAUAACCAAAAAAGAAUCUAAUUCACUGGGUAAUAUUUUUCUUUGGUUUUCGUUGAUCAUUGGCUCUGGUAUGUUGGUCAGUUUCUACGCAAUGGAGUAUUUUGCAAGAAUUAAUUGUCCGAGUUUGGAAGAUAAAUUAUUAGAUGUCAUUUUACCAAGAAGUUGGUAUUGCUAUGAAGGACUUUCGGGUAGUAAUUAUGAAAGUCAAUUACUUCUUUAUGUAUUAAGUUUUUCGAUAAUAACAAUUACGUCAUUGUUGUAUAAAAAAUUUGUGUAGUAUUUAAUUGUUAUUUUGUAAUUUAAAUAAAUAUAAUAUAUAUGUAAAUGUUAA